AUGAGACUCUAUUGUGUCAAUAAGUCUCCAAUUAGCAUAGGUCACAAUUCAAUACAACACGAUUGACAAAAUACAUUGAGAUUGAAAGACAUUUCAUUAAUGAGAAGUUGGAGAGCUGAAUGAUUUGUACACCAAACGUGUUUACACAUGGUCCACUUGCAGAUGUACUUAAUAAGGGAUUAGGCAGUUCAAUAUUUCAGAAUAGUGUAUCCAAGCAAGGAAUAGAGAAUGCCUUUUCACAAGCUUGCAGGGAGUGUGGGAAAAAUGUGUAAUCAGGAGUUAGUUUCUGUUGGUCAGUUUCCUUAACCGAAGUAGUUCUUUGUGGCUGGGGGAACUGUAUAUAACUAGCAAUUGUUUUAUGAUUUUGAGAAAUAUGAGAUUUUUAUCCACACUGUUUAUCCUCGUAGGGUUUGCGUCAAUAUUUGUAAGUAGUGUUUUCCAGUUCACAGAAGCUGGCCUAUCGAUUGAUAUAUUGAUUUAAGAUACAGAAUACGAAGACAAGAAAGAGGGUGGCAAGUAUAUCAAAUGUGAUGACAAAAAAUGACUUAUAAUUUAAUUUUUGGAAAGAUUAAUUUUUUUCUAAUACAUUAUGAAACGAAACACAUUCCUACAGAAGAGAGGAAAACAGCAAACUUAUUGGCUAUUAAUCUUCACAAUAAAAACCUGAUGAGAUUUAUUGAAGCCAAAUAAUUAGACUUCACAAUACGAUACAGAGAUAUGGACCAUAGUUUUAAUCAUCAUGAAAAUAGGCUAUACAUAAAUCGCUCUAUGGCUGCUGAAAGUUUUAGUUAUGCCAGGGGAAGCUGCUUGAUGCAAUUGCCAGAUUUACGAGUAGAAUGUAACUGAUGAAAAUAAUUACAUUAAAUCAGUUGAAAAACAGUCCACAUAAAUGGUAGAAUCACGAACCUUGCAACAAAAAUAACAGGAAGGACCACAGCAUGAUAGCCACUCAGUACAUCAGCUGCAAUGUUUAAAAAGUUUUUCAAUAGAAUUGCACAAGAAAACUGAGCAUUUCUGUCACCCAAAUGCAAGGUUGUUGUGUCAUCUAUAAUUUUCUGAGUCUGAGAGGCUCCAGCAUAUUUUAAUGUGACGGCACAUGCAGCUGCAAAGGCUCGUUUUGCUGCACCACUCUUUUCCUCCAAAACAGCAUGAAACAGAGGCUUCAAUAACAUGGCUGUAAAUGGUUUGAUAUCAGCAUUGACCUUUUGGAUUAAGAGACUUAUGAAAUUGGCAACACCAACCCUGAAACAUAAUGAACCGAAGUAAGUUGGCAAAAAUCAACACACAUUUGCUGCAACUUGUAAAAGGCCUAGGCUGUGCCAACAGAUGCUGAUUUUCCUGGAUAUUGAACUAUGUUCAGAACAUGUUCGCCAGAUGAAUUCAACCAUACAUUGUGAUUCUCAGUUUCGGAGUAAGCUAGUAACUGCGAAACAAGCUUGUCAUAUUUCUUUGACAUGCCCAUAAAUACGACAGGAAAUGAAAAAAAUAUAACUGAAGGGAAUUUUGAAUUUUUUUUCAAAACUGGAGCGAGUUUCGACGUAUUUUAUUACAAAAUCACUCUCAAGGAGCACAAAAGGCACAAAAGAUAUUCGUUGAAUCUAUGAUAUGAAUCAAUACUUCUUUUUCUGAAAAAAAAUGAGAACAACUUCUGAUGAGGAAGUUUCAUGAAUAGCAUUGAUGCAUAGGCUGCAAGAAAGAACGUGAAAUAAAGACCAAGGCUUCCAGGUUAUCCCUCUACAGCAUCUCGCCUAUCCUUUUGGCACAUCUGGAAGGGAGGGAGAGUGAGAUACAUGCUUCCCUGACCUUCUUAUUAAUUACAGGGUUAGAUGGCUGCGAUUGACCCGGCUUCAACAUUUCUCAAUUCCAGGUUUCAUACCAGACAAUAUGACAGUGAUAUAUAUACACAGGAUAUAAUACCUUGUUAUUCUUGCUGGUACUCUGGUAUUCAGCACAUGGAGAUGUAGGGUAAAAACAAAAUUCAUUGGUCAGUAAGUAGAAUUUAGUUAAGAUAUUCUUUUGAAAAUAUAAUUCCUUUUACCCUCAUUUGAGAGCGUAUAGCUUUUAAAUUUGGGGCGUUCAAAUGAAAGAAAAUGACUUUUUACUUAUUAUUUAUGUUACACAGAACAAGUCUUCUAUAUUAGGCUUUACUUCUAUUUUUCUUUCUGUCCUAUUAUUAGAUAUAUUUUCCCUUUUUCGUGUUCCCAUUAUUAGACCUUUCUGUAAUGCCGGAAAGGUUUAUUAGACGCCAAUAUAAAUACUGGCGAACUGCCCUGAGAAGGGCUAAGUCAGGUUUUCCUUUUCCUGCUUCUGCUGUAUCUCAUGACAUGGUAUCAGAGCUUUCUCUCUGGUCCUACGUGAACACCGCCGACCGAAGAUCAACCAACCUUGGUGGUGACGACGACUCUACGCUGUAGGCAGUGUCACAUGGUGAUCUUCUUCCUGUCUGCAGUACCUGAAAUCGUGAGGUUUCUUGGUUGUAAGCACAUCGAUGGAUUCCUUGGAGAGUCACUACACCAUCGUCUUUUCUUGAUGGUGGCAGAUGUCUAUCAAUACACCAUCAUCGUUUCUUGAUGGUGGCAGACGUCUGUGAAUACACCAUCAUCGUUUCUUGAUGGUGGCAGACGUCUGCGAAUACACCAUCGUCAUUUCGUGAUAGUGGCAGACAUGCAAAUACACCAUUGUCGUUUCUUGAUGGUGGCAGAUGUCUGCGAAUACACCAUCGUCAUUUCGUGAUAGUGGCGGACAUAUGCAAAUACACCAUUGUCGUUUCUUGAUGGUGACUGUCAUCCUCAGUUUCUUGAACAGAAACUGUUAGUCAUAGCACAUCAUCUAUGUUUGAGAUAUUUUUUUUUGCUAUUUGAACACAACUGUAGAGCAUUGAGAUAAAGGUCAGUGAAUCUUCCUCCUCUGGCUCAGGACAUUCAUUUGAAGUAAUUAAAGUAUGUUCAAACCUACCUAAAAUUGCUGAGAGAUUUUGAUAUGACAGAAUCAAUUUGUUCCAAUGGACAUCGUAUGUGGAACUUAUUCUAUGUGAGAGGAAUUUGGAUCGUCACCUGACACAAUCCUUGCUAAGUAUUGAUAACUCAAGAUAUUCUUGGUGGAAAGAAGAAGAAGCACUGAUUCAAUAUUGGAUGUUGGACAAUAUUUCAUCAAAGAUGAGUGAUAGAUUCUUUUUUCUAAUUUUGUGAAGGAAUUAUGGGACAAGGUUCGUCGUGUUCACUCUACUAAACAUGAUGAAUCCCAAAUGUAUAGAUUGGUACAGAAAUCUCUGACUUUAGUACAUAGAACAUUGACUGUUCUAGAAUAUGCUUGUGAAUUGGAAUCCAUAUGAAGAGAAAUCAAUCACUACAGACUAAUUAAGAACCCUGAUACUGAAGAACGAAAUUAUAUCAUGAAAGACAAGCUGUAUAAGUUUCUGAUGAGGCAAAAUCUAAAAUAUGAAAUCAGAUCCUUGCUCGGGAAGUAGUACCAAAUAUUGAAGAGGCAAUUGCAUUAACCAAACAAGAAGAAAAUAUUAAAAAAUUGAGAAAUAAUUUAAAGACAGAAAAUGCUGCAUUCAGCGCUCUCAAGGGUAAAGAUACCUCUAGAUUUAAAAAGGGGGAUGGCAAAGUAUCAUUUAUCAUUUAAAAAUGGUAAGGAAGAUCCAUGACAAACCACCGAAUUAUGGUAAGUUUCAUUUGGUUAAUGCUCAAAAUGAAGAUGGUGUUGAGCCCAUGAUACAAGGAGGAGCUAGUCAAGACGGAUUUACUUCCUCUCAGCAUUUGGAGAUUGAAAAACUCAGAGAAGAAAUUAGACAAUUGAGGAACAUGAUCAGCUCCACUUCCCUUGCACAUACUAGUAAGCAUUUUCCUAAACGUUUCCAUUAUGUUUAAAUACAUCAUCAUUGGCAUCACCUUCACCCCAAAAAGUGUCCUAGAUCAUUGAUUUGGAGCUACUGAUCAUAUGAGACUAUAUGCAUCACUAUUUACGACAUAUGAGGUAUGUACUAAUAAUCGGAAGGUUAUUAUUGCAAGUGGGGAUUUAUUACCUAUAACUAGCAUUGGAUCACUUCAUCUUGAGAAAUUGGGGUCAUUAAGAUAUGUUCUUUAUGUUCUAAGAUUAGGUAAAGACUUGCAUUGUUUGAUAUUAUUUGACGACGAUUGAUGUUUUUUCUAUGACAAGACCUCAGGUAAGAGGAUUGGGCAUGUUAGAGCACGGGAUGGACACUACUACAUAGGGCGUAUGGACAAGACAUUGUUGACAAAUUCUAGUCCAAACAUUUCCACUUUUGCUUCUACUUCCCCCUUGAACAAAUUGUUGUUGUUACAUUGUCAUUUAAGACAUUCGUCUAUAAAAGUACUUCAAUACUUGUUUCCAAAACUAUGUCGUGCAAUUAGUGAAUCUACUUUCAUAUGUGAACCAUGUCAAAUGGUUAAACAACGACGAAUUUCAUUUCCCUCUGCUGAAAAUAAAAGUGAAUCUUUUUUUUACAUAAUACAUUCUGAUAUAUGGGGUCCUUCAUUUGGUUGUGUUAGGGACUUCAGAUGGUUUAGUAUCUUUGUAGAUGACUAUACUAGAUUCACAUGGAUUUACCUAAUGAAAACAAAAUCAGAAGCCAGUAGUGUCUCAGAGGUUUAUGAAGUUAAUUCAAAAUCAGUUCAACAUAACCCUUACGAUUGGAGACAAUGCUAAGGAUUUCUUUAAUUCUAUUGUCUCCAAUUUCUUUGCUGAGGAGGUCAUUGUUCAUGAAACUUCUUGUCCUUAUACACCCCAACAAAAUGGGGUAGCGGAAAAAAAGAUUGGGCAACUAUUGGCAAUAAUAAAGGCUGUCAUGUUUAAAGCUCAAGUGCCGAAGUACUUAUGAAAUAAGACAGUACUAAAGACCACUCAUCUUGUUAAUUGUCUCCCAUCAAAAGCAUUAUUAUUUAAGACCCCCAAAGCCUUAUUGCAGGGUCACUUUCCCACUGUACAAUAUGGACCAGAUUUACCUCUUUGAGUAUUUGAGAGUGUUGCAUACAUCCACCAAUCUCAGAAUGGACUGUCUAAAUUUGCCCCUAGAGCUAUAAAGGUAGUCUUUGGGGGACUAUUCUAAUACACAAAAAGGGUACAAAUUUUAUGACCCAAGAUCUGGAAAAUUUAUUGUGACAAUUUAUGUCACAUUUGAUGAAAGUAGCAUGUAUUUCCAAUAGACAACAAAAGUAUCUAAUUGUGAUAUUCUUGUGCCAGAAAAACAAGAUUUACAUGUUGAGAUUCUCAAGGAGAUUGAAGCUCCUGAAACAAUACCAGCACCUCCACCUCCACCAAAUCGAUUUGGUUGA